CCACUUUCAACCUCCCCCCAUCCUAAGUCCCCCUUUUACUCUCUCAUCUCAAAUGCCCUCAUUCACCCUCUCUGCAUCAAUCCAAGGCCUUCACUCACCCUCUCCCCCACAACCUCCCCCUAAAACUGCUUCUACCCCAAGCCCCCUUUUACCCUCUCCCGUCUGAAGCCUCCUCCUCCAUCCUCUCUCCUCCAUCCAAAGCCCCUUAUUCACACUCUUCCCAUCAACCCGAGACCCGCAUUCACCCUGUCCCCCCAUGGCCCCACAAUCCCCCAUUCACCCUCUCCCCAAGCCCCCCCUGACCCUGUCCCACUCUCCCCAGCCCCCAGCCAUGGCAUGCAGCCUCAAGGAUGAGCUGCUGUGUUCCAUCUGCCUGAGCAUCUACCAGGACCCGGUGGGGCUGGGCUGCGAGCACUACUUCUGCCGCCGCUGCAUCACGGAGCACUGGGUGCGCCAGGAGCCGCAGGGCACGCGCGACUGCCCCGAGUGCCGCCGCACCUUCCCUGAGCCCACGCUGGCCCCCAGCCUCAAGCUGGCCAACAUCGUGGAGCGCUACAGCGCCUUCCCGCUGGACGCCAUCCUGGGGGCCCAGCGCAGCCCCUUCCCCUGCAAGGACCACGAGAAGGUGAAGCUCUUCUGCCUCACCGACCGUGCCGUCGUCUGCUUCUUCUGUGACGAGCCCGCCGUGCACGAGCAGCACCAGGUCACCAAUGUGGACGACGCCUUCGAGGAGCUGCAGCGGGAGCUGAAGGAGCAACUCCAGGGGCUGCAGGAGAGUGAGCGUGGCCACACGGAAGCCCUGCAGCUCCUCAAGAAGCAGCUGGCUGAGACCAAGUCCUCAGCCAAGAGCCUGCGGGCGACGAUCGGGGAGGCGUUUGAGCGGCUGCACCGGCUGCUGCGGGAGCGGCAGAAGGCGAUGCUGGAGGAGCUGGAGGCUGACACGGCGCGGACGCUCAGCGACAUCGAGCACAAGAUCCAGCGCUACAGCCAGCAGCUCCGCAAGGUCCAGGAGGGCACCCAGAUCCUGCGGGAGCGCCUGGCCGAGGCAGAUAAGCACGUCUUCCUGGCCGGUGUGGCGUCCCUCUCUGAGAGGCUGAAGGGAAAGAUCCACGAGACCAACCUGACCUAUGAGGACUUUCCCACUUCCAAGUACAUGGGCCCGCUGCAGUACACCAUCUGGAAAUCACUCUUCCAGGACAUCCAUCCUGUGCCAGCAGCGUUGACGCUGGACCCCGGCACUGCUCACCACCGCCUCAUCCUGUCCGACGACUGCACCAUCGUGGCCUACGGCAACCUGCACCCGCAGCCGCUGCAGGACUCGCCCCGGCGCUUUGACGUGGAGGUGUCGGUGCUGGGCGCCGAGGCCUUUGGCGCUGGCGUGCACUACUGGGAGGUGGUGGUGUCUGAGAAAACCCAGUGGAUGAUCGGCCUGGCCCACGAGGCUGUGACCCGCAAGGGCAGCAUCCAGAUCCAGCCGAGCCGCGGGUUCUACUGCAUCGUGAUGCACGACGGAAACCAGUACAGCGCCUGCACCGAGCCCUGGACGCGGCUCAACGUCAAGGGCAAGCUGGAGAAGGUGGGCGUCUUCCUGGACUACGACAAGGGGCUCCUCAUCUUCUACAAUGCCGAUGACAUGUCCUGGCUCUACACCUUCCGGGAGAGGUUUCCUGGGAAGCUGUGCUCGUAUUUUAGUCCUGGGCAGAGCCAUGCCAACGGGAAGAAUGUCCAGCCGCUGCGGAUCAACACUGUCCGUAUCUAAUUGGAGUUUUUGGGGCGUCCCUCCGCCCUGCCGGGUGUUUUCCCACUCCAGGAACUGGUCCCGGUGCUGGGCAGGGUCUGACAUUCCACCUGCUUCUCUCGGUCCGGUGCUUCCAGGGAAUCCCAGUGCAGGGGACUGGGAUAUGGCAAUAAAGGAUUUGGAGAGAAGGGGCUGGGUGAUGGAGAGCCCCAGGGUAAGGGUUCUGGGCUGGGGGCACUGUGGGGUGCCAUGGCAGGGGUCUGUCACCAUGCUGGGGGUGCCACACUGUGCUGGGGCCAUUGUGCUCUGGUCUGUGGCACUGCCAUGGUGGGCUGUGCCAUGGCAGGAGUCUCUCACCGUGCUAGGGGGUGCCAUGGGUGACAUACCGUGUCAGUGGUCACCAUGCACUGGGACAUGUGCAUGCUAUACCACAUGUAUAGCACCGUGCCCUGCUGUGCCAUGCCAUGUGCUGUGCCACAAUGUCCCAAGCCUGGCCAGGGCUCCAUGUGCCCGUGUAGGGGACACUGCAUGUAUUGGAAUGUUCAGGGGGGAUGUAUAGGAGCUGGGCUGUGUAGGGUGGGCUGUACAGAGGGUGUGAUAUAUGGGGAGUGGGCUCUAUACAGGAGGUGGUACAGAGGGGGUAGUGUGUUCUGGGGUAUGAUAUAGAGGGGGUGCUCCAUACAGGGGGUGUGACAUGUUGGGGUGGGCUAUUUAGGGAUAUGGUGUAUGGGGGGUUAUACGUGGGGACUGGACUGUCUGGGGAUGUGAUACAUAGAGAUGGGCUAUACAGGGAUAUGGUAUAUGGAGGGAGAUAUCUAGUGGGUGAACUAUGUGGGGCGGUGCUGGGCUGUACAGUAGAGUGGUAUAAGGGGGUGACAUUUAGGGCCUGGGCUGCGUCAGGAGUAUGGUAUAGUAGGAGAGAUAUGUAGGGAGCAAGCUGUACAGGGAUGAGCUGUGUGUGGGUAUGUGGUGAUAUAUAGCGGUGGGCUAUUUAGCUGAACACUAGGGAGGGGAGUGAUGUGUAAGGGGGGGCUCUAGGGGGUGAUGUGCAGGGGUGGGACACAGCAGCGCUGGGGGGUAAAGGACAGCGGAGCCCCGGGGGUACCGGCAGCAGCCCCGCUCCCGCCCGCCGGGAGGCGCUGUGGCGCUGGGG